AUGAGCCUUCGCCUCUUGUCCAUCAUCUUCAGCAUUGCAAUCAUCGGAGUUUCUGCCUUUUACUACGCCCAUUGGACCCUUGGUGCGCUGAUCAUGAUGGGCCCUCCAGCACUCGUGGCCUUUCUUUGGGACUGUGUGGACGCUGUUUGCCUUUGCGUGCGUAGUCGCUCCGGCGCGCACCCUAGAGCGUGUCUCAUCGUCGAUUUAUUGUUAUUCCUCGCCCUUGGGGCUAUGUCAAGUGUGAUUGCUUUCACUAUCUCAAAACUCGACGACUCAGGCUUCUAUUUUGCCUUCUUUCAAGAUGGGAGAGGCAAAGAGUAUUUGUAUAUUGUCCUUGUCUUUGGUGUCCUGGCGACCUUGGUGCACUUAGGAACCAUUAUCAUGGCCUGGUAUGAGAUUAAAGGCCGCCCUGCUGCUAAGCCACAGAUCAUCUACGUUCAGGGCAACUUCGUACCCCAGGGUAACCAACAGUCUCAAAUGGCCCCUUUGUCGACAGAUCCCCCGCCAGCCUACGAUGUACAAUCUCAGCAAGCCUUCCCGCACCAAUUUCAAGAUCAAAUACGCGUUGCAGAACUGGCAACACCACCCUCGAUAGCACAGGAGAAGAAAGCUUAA